AUGGCAGUGCGCUACGAGUCUGACGGCGGCGUUACUGGGGGCCAGGUCGGUCUGCUAAGCUGGUCUGCGAGCAGCGGCGGCGGCAGUGGUAGCGGUAGUCUAGAGCACCGGGUCCUCAUCUGCAUGUCGUGUAAGGUCGGGAUUCGGCCAGGCGACGGCGUACAGCUACACUUCUGGCGGAUCCACCGUCUAAAGGGCGAGGUGAUGCGACAGAUCCUCGAUUACAGCUGCACGGCCGAGCCGAUCGCCGACCCGCAGGCCGUCCCGGUAGCCGCCGACGGUUCGCCUUACGUGCAGCAGCUGCCAAUCGUCGACGGCCUCAGCUGCUCGGACUGCCGCUUCCUUACGACGAGCCGGAAGCUAAUCAGGGUCCACCGCUCGCAGCCAGGACACGACAGUACCUGGAAGGAGGUACGACUUCAGAGCUUAUCGCGAGGAAGCCGCGCUCGGUACUGGGUAGUCGAGCAAGUACAGGGUAGCAUAGGACCUGACGGGACGACUAGCCUAAGGUCCACCGCCUCUGGCUCCCCUCAACGUCUACUAGCGGACUGUCUUGCGAGAUACGAAGAAAGCCUGGCGGCCGAGCCCGAGGAGACACGCCGGAUAGUUGAUAGCCGGACAGGACCAAACUUCGAGUCAACCUGGGUUCGCGAGAUGGGCUGGGAGGACGCGCCGGAGUUGGGAAGACCACCUUGUGCAAGAAGAUUGUCCAUGAAUUCAAGCAAGGCACAUGGGUCGAAUGGAAGGAAUUAUUUGACCGCAUCCUUUGGGUGCCUCUGCGAAACUUGA